AUGCCCCCAAAAAAUUCAGAGAUGACACCAGAAGAGAAACCUUUGAAAAGAAAUGUUGGAAGGCCAAGACGUGAUGAAACUGGCGGUGGACUUCCAGUGGAGAGUCCUGAGGACUGUAAAGAAAAUGGUGUUACUGGUGGAGAUAAAAAUCCUGCCUUGGCGAUACAUUUUCCAGCUUCAGCAGGCACACCUCAAAAAGAUUCAGAGACUACACUAGAAGAGAAAUCUUUGAAAAGGAAAAGAGGAAGGCAAAGACGAGAUGAAACUGGCAGUGGACCUUCAGUGAAAAAGUCUGAGGACCAUAAACACGAUGGAGUUACUAGUGGAGAUAAAAAUGCUGCCCUUGAGCAGGCUCCUGUCACUGCAAUAAAUGUACCUGAAAAACGUUGCAAGACUCACUCAAAACCAGAAGAUCUGGAAAGAAAGAAGGAGACAAGGAAUGACCUGAGCACCAUGGACCGAGUCAAGCUUUGUAACAUGGAAGCAUUUAAUGCUGACAAUAGUAAUAAGUCCUCAGAGGAGGAAGCUCCUAUGACUUCAGCAAGGGAAUCUAGAAGACGUUCCAAGUCUGGACCAAGACCAGAUGACCUAGAAAGGAGAAAAAGGAGCAGCAGCGACCUGGGGACAGAGGACCAUGUCAAAAGUCCCAUUACAAAUUUGGUCCAUGCUGAUGGUGAUAGGACCUCAGCACAGAAGCGGGCUCCUGCCACUUCGGUAAGCGUACAAGGAAAGCGUUUCAAGGCUGACCAAGUACCAGAAGACCUGGAAAGAAAGAAAAAGAGGAGGAACAACCAGAGCACCAUGGACCAAGCCAAGAGCCAUGAUGCAGAAGAAGUUAAUGCUGACAGCAGUAAAAAGUCUACACAGGAGGAGGUUCCUGUGACUGCAGCAAAUAAAUCUAGACAUCGUUCCAAGUCUGAAACGAGACCAGAAGAACUGGAAAAGAGAACAAGGAGCAGCAGUGGCCUAAAGACAGUGGACAAGGACAAGAGUUCUCCUGCAGAGUCUGUCAAAGCUGAUGAUAAUAGAAACUCAGCACAUAAGGAGACUCCUGUGACUUCAGUAAAUAAAUCUAGACAUCGUUCCAAGUCUGAAACGAGACCAGAAGAAUUGGAAAACAGAACAAGGAGGAACAGUGGCCUAAAGACAGCGGACAAGGAAAAGAGUUCUCCUGCAGAGUCUGUCAAUGCUGCUGAUAAUAGAAACUCAGCACAGAAGGAGGCUCCUGUGACUUCAGCAAAUAAUAAAUCUAGACAUCGUUCCAAGUCUGAAACGAGACCAGACGAACUGGAAAAGAGAACAAGGAGCAGCAGUGGCCUGAAGACAGUGUACAAGGACAAGAGCUCUCCUGCAGAGUCUGUCAAAGCUGACGAUAAUAGAAACUCAGCACAUAAGGAGGCUCCUGUGACUUCAGCAAAUAAUAAAUCUAGACAUCGUUCCAAGUCUGAAACGAGACCAGACGAACUGGAAAAGAGAACAAGGAGCAGCAGUGGCCUGAAGACAGUGUACAAGGACAAGAGCUCUCCUGCAGAGUCUGUCAAAGCUGACGAUAAUAGAAACUCAGCACAUAAGGAACCUCCUGUGACUUCACCAAGGGAAUCUCGAAGACGUUCCAUGUCUGUACCGAGACCGGAAGGCCUGGGGAAGCGAAAAAGGAGCAGCAGUCGCCUUAGGACGGAGGGCAAAGUUAAGAGCCCUAGUACAAAAUCAGUCAUUGCUGAUGAUAGUAGGAAGUCAGCACAGAAGGAGACUCCUGUGACUUCAGUGAGGGAAUCUCGAAGACGUUCCAAGUCUGAACCGAGAGCAAAAGUCGUGGAAAAGAGAAAAAGGAGCAGCAGUGGCCUGAGGACAGAGGACAAAACCAGUGUUGCUAGUGGAAACUCGUUUAAUGCCAAUGUUAAUAGGAUGCCAACACAGAAGGAGACUCCUGUGGCUUCAGCGAGUGAACCUCAAAGGCGCUCCAAGUCUGAACCACGUCUGGAGAAUAGAAAAGGGUGCAGCAAUGACCAGAUGACAGAGGAAAAAGUCAGGAGCCCUAGUAGAAACUCAGUUAAUGCUGAUAUUAAUAGAAAAUCAGCACAGAAGGAAACUUCUGUGACUUCCGGAAGUGAAUCUAGACGACGUUCCAAGUCUGAAUCGAGACCAGAAACUUUGGAAGGGAGAAAUAGACAGAGCAGUGUCUUGAUGACACUGCAAAAAGCCAAGAGCCCUAGUAAAGAUGUGGUCAAUGGUGAUGUCGUGAGGAAGUCUCCGCAGAAGGACACCUCUGCAACUUCAGGAAGUGAAUCUAGACCACAUUCCAAGUCCGAAGUGAUACCAGAAGCUUUGGAAAGGAGAAAUACACAAAUCAGUGACUUGGCAACACCAGACAAAGUCAGCAGCACUAGCAGAGACUUGGUCAAUGGCGACAUCAAUUGGAAGUCAGUGCAGAAGGAGACCUCUGCAACUUCAGGACAUGACUCUAAACAAUAUUCAAAUUCUGACAUGGGACCAGAAGCUUUGGAAAGGAGAAGUACAUACAUCAGUGACCUGGCGAUACCAUACAAAGUCAACAGCACUAGCAGAGACAUGGUCAAUGGUGACAUCAAUAGGAAGUCAGUGCAGAAGAUGCUGGAAUCUUUAGCGCCAUCUCCAAGUUGCAGAUCAGUGAGGUCCAUGUUAUCAGAAUCUCGUACGUCACUGAAUUCCUUGUCAUCUGAAGGAACAGAAUUUGAGAGCCCCGCUUAUGAACCUCUUGGUUCAUCACCUAUCUUCAUGCAGAAUUUGAGGGACGAACAUGAGGAGCAUACUGAUGUAGAGGAAUGGGUAGCAGAAGGUGAUGGUUCUGCUGUUACCAAUGAAGAACUUGGAGGUUAUCAGACCAGUGAUCUUGCUUUGCAACAGUAUAGUGUUGGAAAAGAGGAUUCAGAUGGUGAAGAAAAGGUGGAAGACAAAAACAUCAGCCAUUCUGCAGGAAUGGAUGUGUUUGAGACUGCCCUCAAAUAUUUGGAACAACAGCAUACUGCUGUAGCUAUGGAUGACAUAUUGUGGGCAAAGAAGUGGUGUGAAGCACCUGCAAAAGAAAUUGAACAAAAAAAAUUUACCUUUUUAAAAUAG